AUGAAGGAGCCCUCACCCACCCUCACCCACCGUCUCCUGCUUCUGUUGCUUCUGAUCCCCGACCUGGGAGCAGCAGUGCUACUGCCAUCCAGUACUACCUGCUGUACUCAGCUCUACCGACAGCCACUCUCGAGAAAGCUACUGAGGAAGGUCAUCGGGGUGGAGCUGCAGGAGGCUAAUGGGGACUGUCACCUCCAGGCUUUUGUGCUUCACCUGCCUCGGCGCAGUGUCUGCAUCCACCCCCAGAACCGCAGCCUGGCUCGAUGGUUUGAGCGCCAAGGAAGGAAGUUCCAGGGGACUCUGCCCAAUCUGAAUUUCGAUCUAAUAGGGAAAAUGGGCCGGGACCCCCAACCGUCAAAACAAUAA